CUACCUGAUGAUUUCCGCCGUUGCGUUCGCGCGCAGUUCGUAACGAAUGGUAACGCGCUGGCAGAGUAGUCGCAGCUGAAUCACCGAAUUCUCAAGAGCUCUUCUUACACCGCGACUGCCUCGUACUCCAGCCAAGAACGACGGCAACUUGGGCGUGACUCUCGUGCAUAGCUUCACAACUCUGAAGAUGCCCCGAACCAAGAAACCAAAGCCCCGUCAGUCAUCUCUGCUCCCUGGAUGUGCCCUUGGCGCUGAACAAAUCAGGUACUUGGAGUGUAUGGUCAGCGAGCUGGAAUGCACUGUGGAGAGCUGUCUUGAAGCCACGCAAGGCAUCGCAGACCGCAUCUGUCGCAAUGUGGACAUGUGGUACGAUGGCAUCAUCCGCACAGUGCCGGAGGAAAUCCUCAAUCGGCCCUACAGGGAAGUGUGGGACAGUGUCCCUGUAGCAGCAGUGCCAGACUUCACCACAGCGCUGUCUGCUGCAAGUGCUUCUUCAGCCUCAACUGAGACAUCGUCAGAUGCAAGGCCAUUGACUGCCACGCGACUGCGGCAAAAGACACUUGUGGCCAGUGCAAAGGCAAAAAGGGCAGGAAGCCAGCGUUGUUCUACAGGCCCGAAAAGAAAGGUGACGGACGAAGCUCCCGGUUCCACAAAGCCAGCUAAGAAGACGCGGAAAGUGAGCGUGCACACGCCAGUCUACCACACCCGCAAGGGCGCAGGACUGCCUGUUGUCACGCCGAAAUUUGACAUUCGGAAGCGGCCAGCGGCAACACGACCAGUGCGGCGGGGCGAGACACUGCUGUCACUGUCGGGCAGUCCCGUUGAAGCAAAGACGUCGGCGGUCCCUAUUCACAUUCACAUCAACAAGGGUCAGGUGGUGAAGGUUACAGCCAGCAACAACGGUGACACAGCAGUUCAAGAGCUGUACAAGGCCAUAAAGAACCUGUGCGGAAAGAUUUGACGAUGCAGCACAGGGCCCCACAUUGAACAAAGUCUCUGGAAACCCCCCUUUUACAAUUUAUUCCUAUGAAAAAAAAAAAUUGCAACAUUUUACUCCACUUUGGAAUUUUUGUGUUUUAUCAUCUUGACUGCUGCAGCUUUUGACAUGACCUGUAUCACAAAUUUUAGUCAUGCAAGAAAAAUAAAGUUGCGCAAUCUUUUA